CUUUCCAGAGAGAGAAAACAAAACAUAUCAACACGAAACAAAGAAGAGAAAGGAGAAAGUCUAGAGAGAGAAAAGUUUAAAGAGAGAAACGCCAGGCUUCGGCUGCAUUCCGACACGAAGAGCCGACGGCCAUGGCGGAGUCAAGAGAUUCGGUUUCUGUUGAUAUGGAAACUAUCUACCUUGGCGGAAAGGAGCAUAUUGUACGAACUGGCCGCGGCUCUGUGUCUGUUAUUGUGUAUGGAGACCCGGAUAAACCUGCUUUGCUUACCUAUCCUGAUAUAGCUCUUAAUCAUAUGUCGUGUUUCCAAGGAUUAUUCUUUUGUCCGGAAGCAGCUUCUUUGUUGCUUCACAAUUUUUGCAUCUACCAUAUUAGUCCUCCAGGGCACGAGUUGGGAGCUGCAGCAAUAUGUCAAGAAGAACCUGUUCCUUGUGUUGAUGAUUUAGCAGAUCAAAUCCUUGAAGUACUAAAUCAUUUUAGGCUUGGUGCAGUAAUGUGCAUGGGAGCAAUGGCAGGAGCUUAUAUCCUCACCCUAUUUGCCAUAAAGUACAGGGAUCGGGUGCUUGGUUUAAUACUUGUUUCCCCCUUAUGUAAGGCACCUUCUUGGACGGAAUGGUUAUGUAACAAGGUGAUGUCGAAUCUGCUAUAUUUCUAUGGAAUGUCUCAUAUGUUAAAGGAGUGUCUGCUCUACCGGUACUUCUGCAAAGAACUUCGUGGUAAUGCAGAAGUCCCAGAGUCCGAUAUAGUUCAAGCAUGCAGAAGAUUGCUGGAUGAGAGGCAGAGUGGAAAUGUUUUGCGGUAUCUUAAAGCAAUUGAUGGGAGACCAGACAUUACUGAAGGAUUAAAGAGGCUAAGAUGUCGAACUCUCAUCUUUGUGGGAGACAGUUCUCCUUUCCAUUCAGAAGCUGUCCAUAUGAUUGCAAAGCUGGAUAGAAGAUACAGUGCGCUAGUUGAGGUACAAGCCUGUGGAUCAAUGGUGACAGAAGAGCAGCCACAUGCAAUGUUGAUUCCUAUGGAGUAUUUCCUUAUGGGUUAUGGCAUGUACAGGCCAAGCCAACUCAGUGGCAGUCCCCGGAGCCCCCUAAGCCCAUCAUGCAUUGCUCCAGAGCUUCUAUCCCCCGAAAGCAUGGGCUUGAAGCUGAAACCUAUCAAGACCAGGGUAUCUGCCCACAAUGCAGACAGAUAAAUGCAUUAGUAUUUAUUCCCUCAUCUAAAAGCUCUCAAAUUCUUUUGGUACAUAUAUAUAUACUGUCUUCAUUCCUUAAUCUUUUUCAUUUAUUGUAUUGGUCACAAAGGGUAGAUACUGUUGUAGAUAAAAAGGGGGCUGAACAUUCUUUAAACGUACAUAGGAAGGGGAUCGGGCUUCAUUAUUCGCAGUCAACAGUAAAUAUGUCACAGAGGCUGUCUGUAAAAUCCUAAUAAGACAUUUGUUUAUGAUGUUGAUGAGAGAUUAAUAAUGCACAAUAGCCAUGUGAUGCAGUUGACCUUAUCUUGAUCUAUUGAAGCAUUGAACUUUUGAACU